ACUCCAGUCUUCAGUGUCACAUGAUCCUUCAGAAAUCAUUCUAAUAUGCUGAUUUGCUGCUCAGGAAACAUUUUCUAAUUAUUAUCAAUUAUCAACUAUUAGUAAUUUUGAAAACAGUUCACAUCGCAUAUUCUUAAAAUCCUUCACAGUGUAAACGUCACACUGUUUCACACAGGAAGACAUGAUUAUUCAUUAUCAAGAAUGACCGAUACCGUUCUCAUAGCUAAUGAAUCAGUAACUAGUUGACUAGGCAAAUUUACCCAAUGUGCACAAGGGACGUCAGAACAAGCCUCAAGGGAAAACAAGGAUUUUGAAAAGUCUGUUUUCAGUAAGAAUACCAGAACUACGUGGGGACACAUUCACUCUGUUUGAACCCACAGUGUUUAUUUUUUAAGGCAGAAGACCUGCUCUAGAUUAUGUAGUGAAGCUGAAAGGGACUCUGCUAACAUCAUACUCGUUUCUGCACUGUGAUGGACAGGCUUGACCUCCAUUCAGCAGCUCCAUCCAUUGACACCAACCUGCACGGUCCCAGCAUUGCUCUUACAAAUAAAAUCUCUGCUGCUGUUAUUAAGGUGUUCAUGGGAGAACAACUACAGCCGAAUGAGCUGUACUCAUUGAAUCAAAAUACCAGGUGGCUUCUGAGGACAGAUAUGGGCUUCUUUAUCAAAGAGUAUUUCCAGAAUCAGAUUUUGACCAAAGGUCUAUCAGUCAUUUUGGAUGAGAUACAGAAGCAUCAAGGAGAGUCUGGAGAGAGACAGCUUUUUGCUUUGGCCCAGGUGUGGGACAGAUUUUUCUCUGAGAUCCUACCUACUUUACAGGCUAUUUUAUAUCCUCUGCAGGGGCAGGAGUUGACAGUGAGACAGAUGGCUCUCCUCGGCUUUAGGGAUCUGGUCCUAUUGAAGCUCUCUCUGGGUGACCUGCUGCGCAAGAAUCUGUCUCUCAUCCCAACAUCCAUCACACAGAUGCUCCUUGUGCUACAGGGAAUUCAGGAAUCCAGAGGCCCUUCAAAGGAAUAUUGCCAACUUGAGAGUCUGGUGGCGCUAGUGGUUACACCCUAUCUAUGGAACUGCAGGCACACAAGCUGCACUGAACAAAGCACCACAAGAGCACACCAGAGUCAUCCUGAGAUAAGGAUUACUCAUUAUAUCUCUGAAGGCUCUUUGCUGUCCCCUGUAAUGGAACAAGAAGGGGAGAUGUACCUAGAGCGAGUGGGAAACCUACGCCGCCACAGCGUGACAAAUGCUCAUUCUGACAUCCAGCUGCUUGCUGUUACUAGCAGAGUAUAUACUGGGAUGGACGAUAGCUGUGAGACUAUAGAUGUGACUAGAAGAACACACCUCUAAAAUCCAGUAGCCCCUCACUGCAGAACACAAGAUCCAGGGGGCGGAGACGGGUAGGUUUAGGGAUAUAUAAAGUGGGAGGAGUUGGAUCCAGAUCCAGGGGGUGGAGAUGGGCAGGUUUAGAUCCAGGAGGCACAGACAGGUAGGUU